GACUCUCCUGUUUACAUCUACCAAAAUCCAGUCCACAGCUUAUUGUUACGGAAAAGGAAAGGUUUAUGAGCAUAGUUCAUUUUCUUGAAAUUAAACAACGCUAUAUGUUAGCCACAGCUGUGCGUAUUGUGCUACUAUAAGGGAUGUCUAUUUACUUUCAAAUUAAGAAAAAAUAUCGAGUGGCAUGAAUCGGACUUUUGAAUAGUCUCUGUGGAAUAUCUUUAAAUUUUACAUAUGACCUCAAACUUUUAGCCGGCAGUGUACACGCUCUCGUACCACUCAACAAUCGAGGCGAGGCCAGUGAAACAAUUACUGUAAUCGAGUCUGAUACGCAAAUCGAUUCGCGUGCACCUAACGAGAUAAAACAUAUGUAAGGAUUAUAGAUCUUAAUUGAACUAGGGCAUAAACUUAAAUAAAUCAAACUCUUCAAUUGUCAGGGAAAAUUCAUAUGAAAGUUUAAUGUUAACACUGUAACGGUUCAAAGUGAACUUGGUCCGAUUAACACAUACAAAGGUAUUGAGAUAAAUUGUUCGCUGUCUGCAAAAAUAUCAGCUCAAGCAAACGCACAAAUCAACUUGUUAAUUAAUAAUCAAUUUCUCUAACAGUCCCUCGUCAAAUACAUAUAUAUUCCAGACAGUCCCUCGUCUACUUUUACGCAACACUCAGUCUCGAAAUUCAACCUUCUAUUACACUGGCUUAUAACGAACUCCCUGUCUUUCCGUGUCUUUUACUCGCCAUCACUUCGUAUUUUUGUUUUCUGUGAGUCGCGCAUGUCCUCGCGUCAAUACCAAUCCUCUAAUAUCGCUCUAACAAUAAGUUUAUAUUUUAAUAUUUUCUUGUCCCUAGAUUAUUUCUGCGCUAUCAGCAGAUUGUACUUUGCCUCUUACACAUAGAAAUUUGCACCUUGAAGAAUCACUAAUAAUGUGCAGACAAGUUGCGGGCGACAACAAUCCGCGGGAUAAAGAAGCGGUGAAAAUAAACGAUCGCGUGGUAAUUUCAACGCGUAAUCAUCGCGAUGACGUGUCGAAAGUUAUGCGCGCGGCGUAAACAUCGCAGUAGAUAUUGCUGACAACGGAGUACGGUGGAGCAACAUUGGAACGAGGCUACGGGGUGACGCAAGUGACACAGCGACGAGACUCGACGGAUGCUCGAUGACGGACGAAUCGCCGUGAAGCUGGCUGACCGUCGCGAGAACGUCAGCUGACUUCAGGCUGAUCAGAUGAUCGCGACGUUGACGCGCGCAACUUCGCGCGUUCGAAAGGAUCGUGACGCGCUCCGUGUAGCCCGUAUCAGACUGCGCAUUGAAGAUUGAAAUGAGAAAUGAAGAUUAGAACUUGACCACUCAGAUGGGUUCAACUUCUAUCCGUUUCAUUUUUGUUGAUUAAAUUCUGAUGUUCAACUUGAGCGACAUUGUGAGUCUCGGAUAAACGGCGCGGGCGAGGAGAACGAGAGCGCCUUUCUAACACGGCACCGAGCGCAUUUUUUCUCCCCGAACUGCAUCAACGAUCACACAACGAUGUUUGCCGUGACCCGCUUUAAUUUUGUCGCGAUUACGUUGAUAUGUAACGCUGUCACCGUCGCCGUCGCUGCCACCGCGGUCACGCGUCCGAACAUCUUGCUGAUCAUCGUCGACGAUUUGAGGACCACUUUGGGAUGCUACGGCGACGCCAACGCGUACACGCCGAAUAUAGACGCCCUGGCCGAGGACAGCGUUGUCUUCACCGAGGCAUUCGCGCAGCAAGCGUUAUGCGCGCCCAGCAGAAACUCCUUUCUGACAAGCAGAAGACCAGACACCCUUCGGCUUUACGAUUUUUACAGCUACUGGCGCAACGCGGCGGGCAAUUAUACCACGUUGCCGCAGCACCUGAAAAACAAUGGAUACACCACGAUGUCCAUAGGGAAAGUGUUCCAUCCAGGCAUAAGUUCUAACGGAUCCGACGACAGUCCUUAUUCGUGGACCGAGAAGCCUUUUCAUCCGUAUACAGAACGGUACAAGAACGCUCCGGUCUGUAGGACAAUCCCGCAAUCGGAGGCGGCAACGAAUCUCGUAAUGCCCAAUAUUUUCCCUAUAUUACAUCCUAAUGGAAACAUUUUGCUAAACAUGCUAGGAGAGCAUUUGUGUUAUAAACAUUAUACAGAAUAUCAUUCUUUACGAAAAUUCAAAAUGCCCGAACCGUAUCUGUGGCCGCAUAACGUAAACAACGUGGUCUAUAACCCCUGGACCGAUCUUCGAUGGCGAAAGGACGUGGCAGGAUUAAAAUUAAAAUUUCCAUGGGAAAGAAUACCAGAGAGGUUUGCCAAACAAAUUAUCCAAUCAUACUACGCAGCCGUUUCGUACAUCGAUAACAUGAUCGGCAAGCUUAUAUAUCAGCUGCACGUCUCGGCGAUCCGAGAAAAUACUAUUAUAAUAUUAACAUCUGACCACGGUUGGUCACUUGGAGAACAUGCUGUCUGGUCGAAAUACAGCAACUUUGACGUUGCUGUGCAUGUACCUCUGAUAAUAUCAAUUCCAAUGAUCACGUCAGAUAAUUAUGGCGCUAUACCUGCAGAUCACACGAGAUACAAUGAGCAGAUUACGAACAAUGGAAAUAAAAUGGAAAGUAAAAUAAAUUCAGGACACACGAUAUUAAAUGUUGGACAGAUUGGUGUUUCGAAUAGUAGUUCAGAAUACGUGAUGAGAUAUAAAGGAAAUCUCUCCUCCGCACAUAUUCAACGAGAACGUAAUAAGUCUACGAAGAACAGUGCGUUACAUUUCCAAAAACGCUGUCGAGUUACAGAUUCUAUUGUGGAACUUGUCGAUAUAUUUCCGACAAUCGCGGACCUAGCGGGUGUUCCCAUACCGAUAUGCCCAAUUAAUGAUACAGACGGCGAUCGGUUGCAUUCGAGAGGUGUCUCUGUUCAAAAGGAACCGCUCGAUCCUUGUGGUGAGGGUAUCACACUCUUACCGCUUAUAAAAAGUACCUUGAAAUGUCAGAACAUACCGUGGAAAAAAGCGGCAUUCAGUCAGUACCCGAGACCGGGUAUUCAACCUACCCACCGUCCCAACAGCGACAAGCCCCGCUUAAAAGAAAUUAAUAUAAUGGGCUACAGUCUGAAAACCAGCGAUUAUCGUUACACCGCAUGGAUACCUUUUGCACAUGCAACUUGCAAACCAGAUUGGGACAUCAUUAUCGCGGAGGAAUUGUAUGAUCACAGAACCAACAGAACGGAAAAUUACAAUCUAGCGGGCUUACCGGCAAUGUUAAGAACAAAAGAAUAUCUCAGAGCGUUGCUAAAAGAUGGAUGGAGAAAUGCUCUCCCGAAGUAUCAAGAUCAUAACAUAAUAUUUUAAUGCAAUGAACAAUACGUAGCUUUAUAUUCCUAUAUUCAAGAUUUAAGAGAAUUCUCUGUCUGCAUAUGCUAUUAAUAAAUUAUAUAAUCAUAUAUUGAAAAGAAAUGUUUACCAAUAAUUAAUAAUAAUUUACAUUUACGACAAGAAAAUGUAAAUAACUUGUUUCAGUUAUUUAUUACCAAUGUUUAUCAAAAGUGUUUGGAAAACUUACUAAUAACUGAUGUUAAAUAUUAAGAGAAACUCUAACGAAAAUUAACUGUAAACAUUUUUUAAGUAAUUCUUAUAACGUAAAAAGUCUCGCUGAAGAUCUUGCAAUAUUUAUAUGUACAUACAAAUUAUACAGAUUAAAAAAAUUUUGUUCUUAUACAAAGCUUUCAUAUAUAAACGUUUGGCGAUACAUUCACCUACACAAACGCCUUUGAAGUUACAUUAUCUUGCAUUAUAUGCAUUGUAUAGUAAAAUUUUGCAAGUGUAAACGCGCAACUUGUCUUCGUAUUUAAUUAUAUAAAUAUAAGUAAUCUUGACACACAGUACUACUAUUAUUUUGUAUAUUAUAUAUUGGAUUAAUAUACAAUAAGUUCGUCCCGUUUUUAAGCAUUCGCACACUUUAUACUGGAUGUUAAAAAAAUCUGAACACAGUCCAAUAUCUCGAUAAAGAAGAGUUUUACUAGAAAAUGUUUCUGACAAAAGUUGUACGACUUCGAGGGAGACAUAACAUGGUACCAUUGGUUUGACCUUGAAAAGUUGG